AUGGGGGACCUUGGAGCCCGUCACCAGCCCUCGCCAACACAGCCAUUUCUGCCGGGAGAUUUCAACGCGCGACAGAGAGUCUCUUUAACUCGUUUAGCCACCUGGGGGGGGGGGGCCUCGUCUCAGCUAGCCGGGGGCCUCGUCUCAGCCACCUGGGGGCCCUCGUCUCAGCCACCUGGGGGCCCUCGUCUCAGCCACCUGGGGCCUCGUCUCAGCCACCUGGGGGCCCUCGUCUCAGCCACCUGGGGGCCCUCGUCUCAGCCACCUGGGGGCCCUCGUCUCAGCCACCUGGGGGCCCUCGUCUCAGCCACCUGGGGGCCCUCGUCUCAGCCACCUGGGGGCCCUCGUCUCAGCCACCUGGGGGCCCUCGUCUCAGCCACCUGGGGACCCUCGUCUCAGCCACCUGGGGGCCCUCGUCUCAGCCACCUGGAGGCCCUCGUCUCAGCCACCUGGGGGCCCUCGUCUCAGCCACCUGGGGGCCCUCGUCUCAGCCACCUGGGGGCCCUCGUCUCAGCCACCUGGGGGCCCUCGUCUCAGCCACCUGGGGGCCCUCGUCUCAGCCACCUGGGGGCCCUCGUCUCAGCCACCUGGGGGCCCUCGUCUCAGCCACCUGGGGGCCCUCGUCUCAGCCACCUGGGCCCACCAUACAAUGUACACGAAGAGAACCACAUUGCAGGAAACCUUCUGCAAUGA